AUGUCAUCAGAACAAGGUGGUAAUCCGCUGCGAAAGUUUAAACUCGUAUUUCUUGGUGAACAAAGCGUUGGAAAGACUUCAUUAAUCACUCGUUUUAUGUAUGACAGCUUCGAUAACACAUAUCAAGCAACGAUUGGUAUUGAUUUCCUUUCCAAAACGAUGUAUUUAGAAGAUCGAACUGUCCGACUACAAUUAUGGGACACUGCUGGACAAGAACGUUUCCGAAGUCUUAUUCCAAGUUAUAUACGUGAUUCGACUGUUGCUGUUGUUGUCUAUGAUAUUACAAAUUCCAACUCAUUUCAACAAACUUCAAAAUGGAUUGAUGACGUUCGGACAGAACGUGGAAGUGAUGUUAUUAUAAUGCUUGUAGGUAAUAAGACAGAUUUGGCUGAUAAAAGACAAGUCUCAACAGAAGAUGGUGAAAGAAAAGCCAAAGAAUUGAAUGUUAUGUUUAUUGAAACAAGUGCUAAAGCAGGAUAUAAUGUUAAACAAUUAUUCCGACGCGUAGCAGCCGCUUUGCCUGGUAUGGAAACACCCGAACGUCGACCAGAAGAUUUAAUUGAAGUCAAACUUAAUAAUCAUAGUUCGCCACAUGAACCUACAAAUGAUAAUCAAAGUGGUUGUCGUUGUUAA